AUCCCUCGCCGAUUCAACUCGGAUGUCGGCGAUUCUCACCGUCACAAACUUCUCAAACAUCCCAGCAUUAAAAUCUCAAAACCACCAAUUUCCUCAUCCUCUCUUCCCGUGGCAAAGAAGGAUAAGCAGAUAGCAGAAGUCGUAGCUUUAGCUUUCCAGAAAUUGAUUUGGAGACCUUCUCAAAUAUAGAUAGCCAUAAAAACCCUAAUUUCUGAAAAUCAUCAUCGAUUUCUAAGCCCAACGAAGCAACAGAAAGAUGGGGAAGAAACAGCACAGCAAAGAUCGAAUGUUCAUAACGAAAACAGAAUGGGCCACGGAAUGGGGCGGCGCCAAAACCAAAGAGGUCACCCGUUUCAAGCGCCUCCCCUUCUAUUGCUGCGCUCUUACAUUUACCCCAUAUGAGUAUCCAGUGUGCACAGCAGAUGGAAGCGUCUUCGAUAUAAUGAACAUAACUCCGUACAUAAGGAAGUAUGGGAAGCAUCCAGUCACUGGAGCUCCGCUCAAGCUGGAGGAUCUUAUCCCUCUCACUUUUCACAAGAAUUCUGAAGGCGAGUAUCAUUGCCCUGUGCUAAACAAAGUUUUUACUGAAUUUACGCAUAUAGUUGCUGUGAAGACUACAGGAAAUGUUUUCUGCUAUGAGGCAAUUAAAGAAUUAAACAUCAAGACCAAAAACUGGAAGGAGCUUCUUACUGAUGAGCCAUUCACUAAGGAAGACUUGAUAACAAUUCAGAAUCCGAAUGCACUUGACAGUAAGGUCACUCUGGAUUUUGACCAUGUUAAGAACGGUCUGAAAGUUGAUGAUGAAGAGCUAAAGAAAAUGAGUUCAGAUGCAAUGUAUAACAUAAAUGCUACUGGAGAUAUGAAGCAGAUGCUGGAGGAGCUUGGAACUGAGAAAGCAAAACAAACUGCACUUCAUGGUGGAGGUGGCAGUAAGGCACAAAAUGAAAGAGCUGCUGCCCUUGCUGCCAUUUUGGCUGCAAGAUCGCGUAUUAAAGAGGAUUCCAAAUCAGAUUCAAAUGGAGAGUCUAAGCCCCGACAAGCAUAUAGUAUCGUAGAUGCUGCAUCUGCUGCAGUACAUGGGAGAAGUGCUGUUGCAGCUAAAGCUGCAUCAGGUGAUAAAACUGCUGCUCGGAUAGCCAUGCACAUGGCUGGUGAGAGGGCACCUGUGAAUGCAAAGAUGGUAAAGAGUCGUUACACCACUGGCGCUGCUUCACGAUCAUUCACUUCUACCUCUUUUGAUCCUGUCACCAAAAAUGACUUUGAAUAUAUCAAAGUUGAGAAAAAUCCAAAGAAGAAAGGUUAUGUUCAGCUGCAUACAACACAUGGUGAUUUGAACAUUGAGCUGCACUGUGAUAUAACUCCAAGGACAUGCGAGAACUUCAUCACUCUUUGUGAGCAAGGCUACUAUAAUGGAGUUGCUUUUCAUAGAAGCAUUCGGAAUUUUAUGAUUCAAGGUGGUGAUCCUACUGGUACUGGGAGAGGAGGCGAAUCUAUAUGGGGGAAGCCUUUCAAAGAUGAGCUGAACUCCAAGUUGCUCCACUCUGGAAGAGGGGUUGUCAGUAUGGCAAACAGUGGGCCCCACACCAAUGGUUCUCAGUUUUUCAUCCUUUACAAGUCUGCAAAUCAUUUGAACUUUAAACAUACAGUUUUUGGUGGGGUUGUUGGUGGCUUGACUACAUUGGCAGCAAUGGAAAAAGUUCCUGUUGACGACAAUGACAGGCCUCUGGAGGAGAUCAAGAUUAUUUCUGUAACGGUAUUUGUCAAUCCCUACAUGGAGCCCGACGAAGAAGAUGAGCAAGAGGAGGCCAAAGAUGAGAAGCCACCUGAGGAUGAAGAAAAUGAAAAGGUUGGUUCAUGGUAUAGCAAUCCUGGCACAGGAACUACAGAAUCUAGAACUGUGGGCAGUGGCGGCGGCAUUGGGAAGUACUUGAAAGCAAGGAAUUCUCAACCUGAAUCAGUUACCAUGGAUUCUGGUUUGUCAACAAUUGCUGUGGCAAAGAAAAGGAAAGUGGGAGUUUCAACAGGAGAAUUCAAAGACUUCUCUGCAUGGUGAAAAUUCCCAUAUCUUGUUCAAAUCUUGAGAUGGUGAGGAAAAUGGAGCUGGUGUACGUCAGCUGUGUAACAUAUUCUUUUUGAGGUGGUGAAAAUUAAACGGAUACUGUUGAGGAGGCAUUCCAUUCCAUUGAAUUGUUGUUUUGCAGGUCAUAUGUACAAUAAGAUAUAUCAGUCACAGAAAUUUAGUUCCGAUAACAUGCUGUUCUUAUCCAGUCCAAAGGGUGCCUUCUCACCCUCUCUCUCUCUCUCUCUCUCUCUCUCUCUCUCACGCCCACUCAUAUUUUGUGCAGCAGGAGCAGAGUAUGAGUGAACAUGUGUAAAGGUGAAAUCACGGUUCCAAACUGCCUUUCUACUGCAGUCUUUUACAUGUUGGUAUCAUUAAUUUGAUGUUGAAUUGUCAUAAUCUCAUGAUGGACGUCUAGGACCAUCUUCAUGGUUUUUCGAGGA